ACUUUUGAAAUCUUUUGACAUUGUAUUUUUAAUUUGUAAAAGUGUCAACUUAAAAUAGUAUUUUGAUUAUUCUUUAAUUUAUAUUUUACACUAAAUUAAAGUAAAUAUGGAAAGAAUAUACAACUUCUUCAUGGUAAAAUAUUACAAUGCACAUCAUUCCAUUAAAACCAAACCAAUAUAUCCUGUGUUAAAUGUUUGUCCUGGAAGGUUGACCCGACACGAGAAACAAGAUGAUUCAAUAGGCAAAUUUAAGUUAUCCACGAUAAAUCCAAGAGAAUCGCUAUGGAUUACCAACAAACUUAGUGAGACUGUGGAUAUUCUUGACUAUAGUGAAGAUAGUAAUAUAGAAAAUCAAGAAAUAAUGUAUGGAAAUUUAGAGAUUAAAAUAAUGAAUGUAAUGUUAUCGGAAACUUGCAUCCAACAACUGGCGAAGAGUUAUGGCAAGCAUUGUACGAUUUUUUUUAAAUGGAAGUUUCUCAAUCAAUCAAAAACGACAACUCCAUAUGAAAGCAUACAAAAUAUUCAAGGCUUUAUUAUUAACUUUACUAUAAGAUACAAAGUUUUGCUGAAUGGCGCGUUUUAUAAGUUUUUGGUCAAAAGACUUCUUCCAGUGGAGUUAUGCGCUUGUAAUAAAUACAAAGAAGAUAUAAUAGGAGUUGGCCUUUAUUCACUGCAACAUUGCUUAGAGAAUGUAGGAAAUAUGAAAGUCAGCAAUCUUACAAUAGAUGAUAGACACAACCAAAUAGUAUAUGCCCAGUUAAAAAUAGGAUCUCAACUUGAUGCUGAUAAUGAAAUCGUUCAAAUAUUUAGGGCCAAAUAUAGAGAGACUGGUUAUAAAGACAAAGCGAAAAAUACAAAUUUAGAUUCAUUGAAAAUUAAACAGCAACUAUAUGAAGAUGACAUUGCGAUUCAUGAUACAUUAAAUACAGUUUUGACCAGAAGCAACUGCUUGAAAAUAUCAAGAUCUGAAAUAUCCAACGAACUUAGGGAAAGAGUGGAGUAUCUACAUCAGGAGUGCAACUGGAAGAGGACACUUCAGGAGCACGCCAUUCUCAAAGGAGAAGACCCUUUUGCUGUAAAUGAUCAACAAUGGCGUACUAAAGAAACGGAACAUAUCAAACUCAGAACGUUUUCACCUACAUUAAAAUCAGAAAACUGUGAACUAAUAAUUACAAUUGAAACCGUCAGAUUUAAUACAAACUCAUUUGUAAUGCGCGAUGAUCACAUAAAUAAAAUCUACGUCGAGUACGAAUUUUUAAGCCAUAAAGGCCAGGAAUUCGAAACACCAUACAGUAUAAAUAAAUCAGAAAAAAUAUUUUUUAAUUUCCAAAAGCGUUUCCCAUUUCAUAUGGUAAUAAAUUCUUGCGAUUGCAAACUAUUAGCAGAAUGUAUAAAAACCGGAAAAAAUAUUAACUUUGCUGUAGUUGGCGAGCCUAAAUACAAACCUGAAACUCCGACUUUAUGUUGUAUAAAAUUAGCUUUUUGUAGCAUUCCUUUAUUGGAUCUGGUAGAAGCUGUAGAAGAUGAAGUAGUUUGGAAAUGUGAACUUAUCAAUAUCAGAAACUUAUUGGAUAUCGUUGGCACUCUAAGCGUUAAGUUCCAAGGAUUAUUGUCCUUGAGGAGGACCGCUUUAAAAAUGCUUGCACCUCCAGAAUAUGAUUUAAUCUAAUAAAGCGUAUAUUUAAUUUUGUUUUAAUUAUUUGCUUUGUGGAUUUAUAUUGGUUU